AUGAAAAUUGAAACGGGAAGUAAAACAGAACGUGGAUCAGAAAAAUGCAAUGAAAUAGGACGGAGAAUGAGAAACGGUGGUAGGAUGCAACGGAAGCUUGAUCUGUACGACUCUGAAAGAUACAAAUCUAAGCUUACCAUCCAAGUUGAGGAAAAAGCAAAACAAGGGUCUUUUGAGGAUUUGGUCAAGGAUAUAAUUAGCCUUGGAGGGGAGAUAAGGAACAGCUAUAAUGAUCAAAUUGAGUGUACAGAUGAAGUAUUAGGGUGGAUGAUGGCUCGAGAUGCUGUGUUUAUUCUGGAAUUAAUUGGUUUUUAUGACCAAUGUGAAAGCCCUAGAAUUCAACAGACAGACCCUAAUUUUACGAACAUGGAAGCUGUUUUUCAUCCAGAAAGGAAAAACCCUUUGUUCCUCCCCCUUCAGGCUGAUAUAUUUAAGCUGGAGAACCAAAUCCCACUUUUCAUUUUGAAAAAGGUUUUGGAAUGGCAGACUGGCUCAGAAAGUCACGCUUUACACAGGCUUUAUAUGACAAUUUCAAGAGCCUGUGAAAAUUUCUCUCCUUUCAGGCAUGUUGGGGAUCCUUCUCGUUCCGUUUCAGGAGAACGCUCCAGUGAUUCGCGUGAUGAAAGGCAUAUACUGGAAUGCCUUUACAAUUUCGUCGUGCCCAAGAGAAAUCCUGCUCAGACUAGUGUCCAUUUAGGACAUGAUCGUGAUGGGAUUGUGCUCACGAACACCGCUUUUAAGUUUCUUCAUCAGAUGACAUCAAGAUUUAGAGAGGUUUUGUCUCCAAAAUCAGGUCAUAAAGCUGGCAUAAAUCUCCCUUCAGCAACACAAUUACGGAGGAAAGGAGUGAAAUUCUCUCCUUUCACAUGGGGAUCUGACGAGAUAAGGUUUGAUAGAGCCACCGCUACGUUGUUCCUCCCUUGCAUACAUAUGGAUUACAGAACAGAUGUUUUCUUGAGGAAUAUGAUGGCACUGGAAGCAUUCAUGAAGUGGAAAACUAGACAUUUUACUUGCUAUGCAGACCUGAUGGACAGAUUGGUUGACACUCCUAAUGAUGUUGCAGUACUGAAGAAAAAUGGUAUCAUCUACAGUAAUUUAGGAAGUGAUAAAGAGAUAAGCGUUCUGUGGAAUGGCAUCAGCAGAUCAAUCUGGAGGAGCCCAUAUGAUCCUAUCGACAAUACAGUCAAAGCUGUAAAUGAUUAUUACAGAAGUAGGUAUAAAGUUUUAUUUGGUGAGUUUGUACAUGAACAUUUUUCAAAGCCAUGGCAAGUUGUAUCAGUAGUGGGAGCAUGCAUUCUGCUGCUCCUGGAUUUCUUGCAGACAUUAUUCUCAUAUUUUCAACUUGACCAAAAAUGUGAAUACAUAAAGCAAUAG